AUGGCGGACGGAAGUUGCGAUAGGGGCGAUUUUGCUCAGGAAGAAACAUCUUUGAGCAGCAACCAGGCUGUCUUUCCAGGUGAAGAAAUUAAGCUAGAAGUUAAGCAAGAAGUAUCAACUCCUAUUCCUGGCUUUCCACCGUUGUUUCAGUUCGCGAAGGUGCAAACAGAAGCCUCUUCAUGGACUUCCACUUCGUCGACAACAACAACUGCUACAAGUUGUGGAAGCUAUGCAACGUUAGACACAGAGACUAACGAGCAGCCAACAAGUUCAGAAACAGUUACUGCUGUUGAGUCAAGCUCUAUGGAUGGAUUGGGGUUGUCAAGCAUUAGUGAAGCUUCUGAUGUUGCUGCGAAAAUGCAAGAAGAAUCGUCUUUGGGCGACGACAAAGUUAACGAGGAGGGUGACAAAGAUGAUGGUAAAGAUGGUGAGGUGGCAAACGACGAACCAGAUGAAGAAGAGAUUGAAUCUGAUCCUUAUUUUUACAUUAAACGGGAUGAAUUUACUUCAGAGAUCUACAAAAUUGGACUGCAAAAUUUACCAAGGAAGUGUGGCUACAAGGUAAGUCACUGCAUGUACACAUAGAAUGCGUGAAAAGAGGAAAAGGAUCAAAAUAAUCUCUGAAUAAGAUACCAAGAUGGAUGAUAUUGAAGUCAACCCUUAAUAAGAGCAUCAAAAGGAUUUCAUUGGUAAAAAAGGCGCAUUGAGAUUUUUGAAUCCACCAUACGUGUACAGUGUAUGUAAGUGUGCUAUUUAACAAUUAAUGAAUGAGGCUGAGUAUCUUAUGAAGAACAUUAUGGAGACUGAGGAGGGUGUUAUCCGCUCUGAGAUCUCCUUAAUUCUUCAUAUGAUACGAAAGCCGAAUUCAAUAACUGUUUUAUUAUUCAUUCAAAAUAAUUCCUAGUUUAAAAGCAAAGCUAAAAUAUCCUUACCUCCAUCGAUGUUAAGUUCACCUUUGAUAGUGCAUGUUUAGGGUUGUUCAGCUCCUCAAAUAUUCUCCAAAUAACAGAUGUCACCCUUCAAGUUGUGUUCUUGCUGUUCUUGCCAUGUUUUUAGCUAUAAUUUCGCCUAGUUCUUGCUCCUGAAACAAGUGAAAUGUCCGCCAUUUUUUGUUUUCACAACCAAAACAACUCAACCUCAUCCCCAGGUCUUCUCGGUUAACAGUGCAUUAACCUGCAAGAACGCUGUAUUUUUGACGUCAUUUCCUCGUUAAACACAAAAUUCUUCCAAAUUUGGUCAUCAGUAACUGGUUAUGGUGACUUAUGCGUGUGCCUUUAGCCAGUCAGAAUCGGGGAAAUAUUUUGAAUGAAUACAGUCGAACCUCUCUAAUACGGACACCGAAGGGACAGAACAAAGUGUCCGUAUUAGAGAGGUGUCCUUUGUAUAGAGGUCAUGAAUAUUACGUCACUUUAAAGGCUCCAUUGAUGGUAUUAAGUGUUCUUUAAGUCAAAAUUGGCCCAAAAAAGGCUUUGAGGUGCAUUUGAAUUGUUUAAUGGACAGUGCAAAUCAUUACAAUACAAGCUGUACAAUUCCAAAAACAUAUGGCAAACUAUAAUACAGUUUCCGAACAGUAACAUAAUAGAACAGUAACAAGUGUAGCGAACACUAACAUACAGGAGAGCAUUUAAUGAAAGUUCUUUGUUAUUGAUUCAUUUUGCGUUAAAGAAGUCUGUAAUGUUCUUCUGAACAGCAUUCACUAGUCAUUUUUUGACAUACAACGACUGAGCUUUUGAAAUAAUCUUGCAUAACUCAUCAGCCAAAUUUGAUUCACCUUGUGCAGUAAAAAAAUCAGAAACAUGGUUAAGUUCUGAGCAAGCCUCACUAUAUGACUUCACUUUUAGCGGCUUUGGUGCUUGAAGAUCAUCCAGCUCCGAGAUCUCUUCAUCGUCAAUGUCUGCGCCUUCAUUGUCACCAUUUGAGUCUGAUGACAAACUUGAUAGGAACCUUUCCUCCCAGUUUUCACUUAACUCUUGACAGACUGGAAGAAGACUUUCGUUUGCAAUAGCUUCGUGUGCAGACACAGCAGUGUCACACAUGACUCGUUCAGUAACAUCUCAACCUGAGAAACCUCAUCUUCCAGGUCUGCAAAUGGGUCCUUGUCAUUUGGGGGUUCUACAGCUUCAACUACAUUUCUCUCUUUGUCUAGUACUCCCGCAUUAGCGAAACACUUGAUUAUGGUGGAUGACUCUAUGGCUUCCCAGGCCUGUCCUAUCCAUCUUAUAACACAUUUUCUUGCAAAGCCAGGGACCAAUGGAGUUGUCAACGUAUGUGGGAAGGCAGUCAAUCGGGGCGGAAGAUUAGGCAUGGAGAUCCCAUGUGAAUAUAUUUUCACUGGACCGCACAAACUCAUUCAGCAUUUGGAGAAGUGCUUGGAUCUUACAGAAACCCAGCUGUCCGUAAAGAUAGUCUUUCAAGUGAAAAUGUCGAAAAGAAAAGAGGUAGAAAAAGGAAAGCAUUAACUGGAGAGUCUUCAAAGAAUAAGAAAUCUUGAUGAUAAAUGGCAAUGACAUGUCGAUAGUAUAAUUUUUACCGAUUGAAAACAUGAUACUGUUAUUGUAUGAACAAUGAGACAAUUGAUUACACUCUGAUAUGUAAACAGGAAAUUGUGUUGAAUAAGAACUGUCGUCAUUGGAGUGUCUGUAAUAAAGAGGUUCAGUUUGUAUGAAUUUUCUCUCUGGGGCCGAGAUUUCGUGUCCAUUGUCCGUAUUAUAGAGGGUCCGUAUUAUAGAGGUUAUUUUUACAAAGAAUGUAUGGGCAUUUUCCCGGGACCAAGUGAACUGUCCGUAUUAGAGAGGUGUCCGUAUUAGAGAGGUGUCCGUAAGGAGAGGUUCGACUGUAAUAUUAUUUUCUUAUUUGUCUCCCCUGGCAUAAAUACUGUAGCUGUUAUCUCAGAUGGGGUUUUUAAUGAUUUACAACACAAAUUGUGGCAGGAACUAGCCAUAAACCACGUUUUCCUCUCCACUGGAAAACAAUAAGACAUGGCUGCUACUAUGUAUGUUGCCAUACAUGUAAGUCACUGAAAAAUGUGACCCUUAUGUGUUAUACAAAGCACACGUAAAACACGGGUUUACCGUUGAAAGUGGUCUACUGGUCUAGUAUAGAAUGACCAAAUUUGGUGACUUGUCUGGCACAUACCAUUCAGAACUUACAGUUUGCAUUUGUACAUACUUAUAUGUACUUAUAUUGUUCUUACUCAGCAAUUCAAGAAAAUGAUUGCUAACCGGCUCAACGUGAGACCAGUGAAGGUGAAAUUGCCUCCAGGAGCAACCCAUGCUUAUGUGACUUUCAGGUACAGUGUACCUUUAAUAUUAAUGUACCAUAUAUGUAGUAGUAGAAACAAUACUUUGUGUGCACAGCGCAUGAAAUUAGCUUUUAUUUUGCAGGAGUCAGGUAGUUCCCAAAUACAUGUGUAUUUCAAAGUAAUAACCAAAUUCAAAAAGUUGCAAUAUUAUUGUUACCCUUGUAGAGGCAACACUUUCUCAGGUUAAAUCAGUAUUUUAACCCUAGGCCACCAUAGUGAGAACCCAUGCAAAAAGUUAACCCUGCACUGUCCAGGUGUAAUGGUUUGAAUAUAUGUACUUGUUUUACCUGGGAAUGGAUUUUAUCUAAGACCACUAUAGCCACUAGGUUUUUAAAUUAAUAACAAAAUAGAUGGUUUUACGUGGGGCUUGUUUGAUUGACCAUAGAAAUCACUUGCUCUGGCAUUCAUUGCAUAGCAAUAUCUAGAAUUCUGCUCAAAAUAAAAUUAAUUUUCUGAUCAUGAUGAAUGCGGUAUUCUAGUGGGCCAUAAAAUCACAAUAUAAGAUUGAGUGCACCCUUAGACUAGCUCCAGCUCUAGCAUUAAGAGUUUUUUUAAUCCAAAUGAUGCUAGUUUAUAAGCUGGCAUCUCAAAUGUGUUAACCAGGAGGGUUAAUAUCACAAAGAUUAAUGGUAAGUGCUACGUGACUUGUGUAAUAUUGAACAUCUCCCUUAUGGACCACCUUUUAAUGUUGGCACUUUUCUAUUACAGACUGCCUUCUCAUGAUCCAAAAGAUACCAGAAUAAUGUCAUACAGCUUCUAGUACAGCUGUAGCUUGGAUGACAGGCAUUUGUGAUAAUGACAACAAGCAUUACACGGCUACAAUUUUCUGAACUAAAAUUUAUUAUUCUUUACUCCAUUCAGGAAUGAAGAGGAAAGGCGGGUGAGAUGCUCUUUGUAUUCUUCUGCAGUGUACUGUCUGUAUUCUACUCAUAUCACUGUAAUUGUAAAAUUGUAAAUAUCUUAUUAUCCACUCCCCUCAGGGCUUUUCAGGGAUAAUUUACAACACUGUUUGGGGGACUUUGCCAGACUGCUUAAGGUGCAGUUUACAAGUAGUGAAGGAAUGAGUAAUGAUGCCCCCAUACAUGAGUGUGAAAGUGAGAUAGGCCACUACACCGGGCACUACGUGCCCUACACUUUACGAAGAGUGUGUGGGUUCUUUAACGUCCCACAGAUUUAAUACAUGUGCAAGGGCUUGUGAGACGGGGCCUACGGUUUAUCGUCCUUAUCCGAGAAGACUAGAGAGUCUAGCCGUUUGCAGAUAUUAUUACAAAGGCAGCACUUUCUCCUCAGUUAUUUAAAGACCCUGAGUGUUGGUCCGGCUGGGGUUUGAACCCGCGACCUCCCGCUCAGUAGACCGGCGCUCUCCCAACUGAGCUAACCAGGCGGCGGUUAAAAAAAAAACUGUGUAGUAAAUUGAUUUAAUGCAAGACAACUUUAAUGUGAGUUCUUUCUUUCAGUUGGCUAUCAGAUCAUUAUCAGGACACAAGUGGAAAGGAAAAGUGCUUUCUGCUAAGGUACAUGUAUAGUAUAUUAUCAAGAUGUGAUAUGGUAGCUAUUAAGUUAUCAAGAAGUGGUCAUUAUACAAGGCAAACUGAACUGAAAAUUAAUUGAUUCACUCAGUUUUCUAACCCUAAUCAUUCAACUUCAGAGUUGUUUGGUGUUUGGUGGCCAUUUGGUUUUCUGCAAAAUUCUCUUUAGUGCAAAAAAAUUCCUUUAAUUAGCCACCACUGAAAUUAUUGUUUGAGGUUUAGCAGUGAAGCAUGCGUCGGCAACCAGCCAAAAUCACCAUCAAGUCUAAGCAGAAGUUUACAUGUGGUUUGAAAUAAACCUAAUAAUGUGGGUGAGGAAAGGUGCCUUUUUCAUGGCUGAAAUUCUUUCCCUGGUUUUUCAAAAUGAACUGAAAUGCCUUUUUCAGGAACCCCCCCAAAACUUAAGAUUUUGUAGUGGCAGCAGGGGUUUCAUUAAAAAUUGAAGUAGCCAGCAGGUUUGAAUAGAGUAACCAACCGUAAUUUUUCAAAUCCCUCAAAUGCGAUUUUCAGUGUUCUGCAGACUAAACUGAGGACAAGAUAGGGUGUUUUUCAUUCAAGAAAAUGUAAUUUUCAUUCAACUUUCGAUUUAUCAGUCACACAACCAAUUCCUGCCAGCAAUGAACAAAAUGAUGAAAACUAAAAGUCUCCACAUACUUUUGCCCGUGAGCAAAUUCUGUGUAAAUCUACAGUAUAAAAAAACUUGUGAAACAUUGACUGAAAUCUAGUGUUCGUGUGACUAAAGCAUCCCGUAAAAUCAGUGGUCCUUUAUGAAAAUACAUGAUAAUUAUGUUUUUUUUUCAGAUGUUAUGCCCCCCUCUUAAUCCUACCCAGUUAUGCUGACAUGUCUUUUGAUCUAUGCUGCAAUUAGAUGCUAUCUAGCCUUUUAAAAUUUUUUUUUUGGAAAUCCCUGUCUGUAUCAAGUUACAGCAUUUAUUCAUGUGAAUUGCACAGUCUGGUAUAAAAUAUAUUAUUUGUUGUCAAACAAUAUUCCUUGCAAGGUUUUCAGACCAGACAAUUUUAAUUCAUCUGUUCAUUUUUUUUUCUAGACUGCUCAGCCGCUACCUGAUCCACUUGCUGUUCAAAGAGCUGAAGGAAUGGCAAGAAAAAGGAUGAUUCAAGGUUAGCACAAGAGUUAAGCUUAUGUGCUGUAAUAAUAUAUCAGCGUGCAUAAAAUAAUGUUGCUCUCUCUUUGUUAAAGAUGUCAAUUCAUUCUUGAUCACUUCUGUGGCUUUUAAUUCUCAUUACCCUUUCCCAUAACAUUGAUGCUCCUCAAGUUUCUACAAAUUCCGAUGUAGAGACCAAAAAAAUAAUAUUAUAGUGAUCCAUCUUUUAGUGUUGCAACAGCUAAAUUCUGGAACAUAUUAUCAGUGGACUGGAUCUUCACAAAAGCAUUUUCAAUAGAUUUUUUUUUGACAAAAUAAGUCAUUUUAAUCUUCAAGUUCCCUCCCCUUCCCUUUCUGUAGAGCAAAAGAGGGGGAGAUGCCCUGGUCUGUUCACGUGUGUGUGAUAGUUAAUCUAAAACACUACAAAUUAAAGGCUUUAUGAAGGGAAGGAGUUUUACAUGUAGUUUCAGGAGAGUGUAAAGUGUCAAAAGCCUCAAUGAAAAAACCGUUUUUUCACAUUUUUCAGGUCAUUGUAUUGUUGGUAAUUGAUCCCUUAGACUCUGAAAAUACCUUGUAUCUUGACUACCAAAAUGACUGCCCUCCAUUGUCAUGGUCAAAAGGAAAGAUGCCAGAAACUUUGUGAAGAUCAAUGGUCUUAGUUGACAGAAUCAUAAUUACCUGCAUAAGUUGAAUGGAAAGGCUGAUCAGUAUAGAGGAUUUUAGGGUUAAUUAUUUUACAGGAUUGGAAAAAAAAAUUAUUAUUCAAGCUCUGCUUUGUUACACUAACAGAUGCUGCUCGUUCAAACAUUGAUGCCAAGAGGAUUAAAGUAGAUGAUAAUGAUGAGGGUGAAGAACUUGCUAUUUCUGUCAGGUAAAAUUUACUUCUUCUGAUGGAUUCUGUUGCUGAAGCUGCCAUUAAAACUUGUCAGCAUGCUGUCAAUGCCAAUUUUAUACCUGCCUCAAAUUUGGGGAAAACCUUCAAAGUACUUUGUAAUUAAAUAUGAGCUAAAAGAAAGCAGUGCAAUAAUGCAUGGUUCAAUUUGACCUGUUACUCCCGCGGCAUAUCCCCAGGGAUUUGUAAUUUUUCCCUUUCUUGGUGUCAUAUUCCCCACCCCUGGGCACGCAAAAAGUGACAAUUUCCCGCCCCUGAGCAUCUGAUCGACCUCGUAUAUGUUGCAGGUAAUUUUUUUUCUUAGGUAAAUUUAAUUUUUCACUAGGUACAAUUUUUUACCCCAGGUAAUAUUGCACCACAAUAGGGCAAUUUAAACAAAGAAAAAUAAGGCAUGUCCUAAUAAUUUUAAAAGAUACCUUCAAAUACAGACUUUAAUUUAUUUUGAUAGGUUAUUCCUCUCCAACCACUCUCCAACAAAUUCCUGCGUUUGCCCUUUAAAAUACGUAGUCUUGAAGUUCUCAGCCAUCGUGCAAACUGCUAUUUGCCCCACCCCCUACCCCUGGGACAGGGCCUGUUCAAACAGUUCUCUAUCCCCUGGGCCGAAGGGCUGUAAUUGUCCUGGGAGUUGCUCGAGGGUGGGGGUGGGGGGGUUGGGGUAUGGUAACAGGUAAAAUUGAACACACUACAGGCACUAUGAAAGUAUUGUUUUUCAAGUGAAGAGGUGAUGUCUGUGUAUAUGUCAGUUUGGAAAGUCCAAACUCCAUUUUUAAUUUUUUCUGUUCCCAGGUUGAACCAUGUUGUCACUCCAUUGUGGAACCAGCCUUACAGUCAACAGAUGGAAGUAAGUAAACUCCAAUAAGCUGGGUGUAUGUUACACUGUACUGGUGUUUUCAAACCUGUACAUAGCAAAAUGAUGAUACAUACAUACAUGUAUUACAAUAAAUAAAUAUUACAUAUGUGUAUUACAGUAAAUAAAUAUUACAUACAUGUAAUUUAUUUAUGUUUAUUGUGCCUUAAUUAAUACUCAUUUUUACUUUCAAAAGUUAGUUCGCGAUAAUCUGAUUAAAACUGUGAAAGGUUGAAAAUCUGAUUAAAGCUGAUUAUCAUCAACAAGUGCAAAACGUUUCCAUGUGCAUGUCUUGUGCAGACAUAUUAACUAACUCUGCAGUGUUUUUUUAUGAUACACAUGUACAUGAAUAGUGUCUGAAUUCUGUUUCAAAAUUAAACAUCCAUUAAUAGUAUGUACCACGGAAGACAGUCAUGUCAAUCUGUGUAGUAGGUGUCCAUUUCAUACCAGGAAUCAACCCCAGGUGUCAGUUUUAGGGGUAUGUCAGUCUUGAAGAUGUCUCUUGUUAAGGGAUAGUUGACUUCAACACUAAAUCUAUUAUUAGUUCUGAUGAAAGUUCUAACAUACAUGUAAGAAAGGUUUUUGGCUGACAAAAAUGAACUUGCACUGUUUUUGCCUUUUACAAAUGUAGAUGAAGAAGAAAAAUAUGGUGGAAAUUUUAAAAAAGCUCACUAAGAAGCUAAAAGCCAUAAUGGUGCUGAAGGUGAUUAGAUAUGAUAACAUUAUUUCAAUUACGCAUUUGUAAUUAAAAAUCAUUGUAGUUAUCAGCUUUGUUUGAUCGCAAAAGGAUGCAAUUUAUUUUAUGGUUUUUAUACAAGGUAUGUUUUAAUAAAUUGAAGACAUCUACACUGACUGUAUACAUGCACAUGUAUGUCCGACCAAGUCUUGCUUAAGUACAGUCGAACCUCCACUCGCGACCACCUCUCCACAAAGGCCACUUUUUCUGUGGACAGUCUUUACACUGAACAUUGACUCUUAUUUAAGCCUCUUUCCAUAUGCCACUUUCUUCUGUCCCCAAGGUUGGCUGUUGUAGAGAGGUUCAACUGUACCAUUAGGUAGAUCUAUGUUGCACUUCAAAGUGAAAUUCAUAUUUAUUAACCAGUUUCAAACUAGUUUGAUUCUCAAUUUCCUUUGUCACCUAGCCUUAAUUAUUUAUGAUCAAAAAUAAUCAGGGCUAGUAACCUAAGGAAACUACAGUAAGACUCCAACUGUUUGAAACCUUUUAAACCCGAAUUUCAUUUUAGUGUACAUAUACAACAUCUACUCCUUCGAGGGGAUAGUCUUUCUUAUUAGGUCUGUCCAGUUGCCAUGUCUGACAACAUGUAGGAUUUCAUCAAACCGACUGUACUUUGUCAGAGUGAGAAACAUAACAGACUAUUAAUUUUUUGAAAUGAAUACAGCUCUAUAAUGUCUUUCAAGUUGAAAGCAAACAUUAUAAUCUUUGAAUGGCAUAAUAUUAUUAAUUUAUUUAAGACUUCAUGUAAUGUAGAUCUGUUCAUGCUUACUUCAAUCCUAAGGUUUUGGCUAUUAGGGAUAGGACAAGUGUCCACUUCAUAUUGGGUGUUUUCUUUGAAAUUAUCUCUCAUGCAGUGGUCGACUUUGCUUAUUCUUUGAAGUUGUACUUAUCAUGUCUUUUUCAUUCCUUAGAACAACUGGGUUGAAGAAGAAAGGUAAGUGGGAAUCAAAGAACCACUACAUUGGAAGCAGAUCUUAAUUUGAGUAAUUUUAAGGUGCAUUCUUCAUUAUAUAUUUUUUUUGCAGCUGAAAAUACUGUAAAUGUGAUUACAUGUAUUUUGUUGUUUUUAAUUCUUUUUCUAGUGCCAAGAGAGAUGGGCUUUGUUGCGAACUGCUUGAUUGUGUUGAAUCAGUGAGUAUUUAUUUAAAAUAAUGAUCUUGUGUCUGUUUUGAUAUAGCUGUAAAAAGGCAAAGGAUUGCAAAAACUGCAAGCAGUAAUUUUUAUUUCUGUUUUUGUGUCAUGAGCACACAACAAAAAAACUGCUUACAUCAUAGAAAAUAAAAGCAAGUCAGUAAUUUCCUUAAAUCUUCCAUUCUUUUAAUCCAAGAGUAAAAUUUAUUACAGAUUGAACUAAAUUUCUUAGAAAAUAAUCUGCUUGUGAGCCAAAAACUAAUAAUAAGAGUAGUUUGAGUAGUUUUGUUGAUCAAGCAAAAGUAAUUGUUACUUGCAAACCCCUUGAAGAUGAACAAGGAACUGAAGCUGAAUAAUCCUCAUUGUACUUACCAGUGUCCUUGUACAAUAAUACUGUCAUCAUUUUGGAAGUAACCAGCCUAUGAGGAAUACACUUGUGAACAGUUCACAAUUAUUGGAUG